UUUGAAAAUCGCUGAUUAUGUCUAUUUCAAGUCGAGAGAGGGUCGGCAAUCGGGUGGGAAUCCGUCAUGAGUGAUUCGGUAGUCUGCGGCUAAAGGCCGGCAUGGUAGGGAAUAGGUUGGACAGCAUUCAGGACACAGUUGAGAGUAAGUCAUUUACUGGUCGGGAGAUGUUCGGGACACGUUUGGCGCUAAAAAAAUAGGCUUGGCCUAAACUGGUCAGACUACUCCCGAACUUCUGCCGACUUCUAGCAUUUCCUGAUAAUAAUCUUCAUAUGCAAACUGGGUGAUGGCUUUCUAUUCCAGGUAUUUAUUGUUCCUUGGCUGACACGGCGGUUCAAAUUAACAACAUUGUACAAGUUCAGUCUUCUUAUAUUCGCCUUUGGAGUGAUGCUGAUCCCUCUGAUGGCCUCGAUGGCUGGUCCUUCGACGGUGAUUUCUCCUUUGCCUGCAACGGCUUUAACGCUACCCACCCCACCAAGUCAGUCUCCGAGUCCCUCAUCACAGACCACGCCGAGUGCCCCACCACGCGCAGUCAUCGUUCCUUCAGAAACGUAUAGUUCCAAUUCUCCACCACAAGCCACUGUUGUUCCUGCCAUAAAACAAGCCAGUUUAACUCCAAAAACUGUAACUACAAUCAAACCCAUCCCACUCAACCCUAAGCACAACGCCUCCAGCACAUCCAGUCCUAAAUCUCAAAGCUGUAGAACGCCUAGUCCUAAACCCCAGAUACCCAGCACAACUAAUCCUAAACCCCAGACCCCCAGUACACCCGAUUCUAAACCUCAGAUCCCGAACACAUCCAGUCCUAAAACCCAGACACCCAGUCCAACGGACCAGUCCCCCGGCAUACCCAGUCCAAAGACCCAAAUCUCCAGCAAACCCAGUUUAAAACCACAGGUGUCAAGUCCAGCACCACAAGCCCCGGGUUCCGUCUCUGAGGUAACAGACGUUCCUUGUCGGGAACCAAGCUCACCAAGUGCAACUGACAGGCCGGUUUCUGAAGCUCCUUUCGCGCCUGCACAAAUUUCCAGCGUAACUCCACGAGAAAGCUUUCCUACGUCAAAUACCGUAAGACUGGUGCCCACCAUCCCCCCACAAGCAUCUCACUCCACUGCACCACUACAGGCCACCGUCAUACAUGUAGCUACUUUGACACCAACUCAACCUAGGAACAGCACCUCGAAGUCCCCCCAAGCCUCAAAGUCGCCAAUCGAGACUUCCAUUGUUCUAAAAAAUGUUACAUCUCAGCAAGCUUCUAAAUCCAUGGCGCAAAUCGGUUCCAGCCCACCUGAUUCAAGUGAUUCAAGGUCCGAUGAUAAACAAACCCGUCAGCUGGUCGGUCAGUGCAAAAUCACCAACGACACAACAACAAGCAUGAGAAUUCGGAUUCCAUAUAAUAUCUGGGUUACUGUGAUCCUUAUCAAUACCAUUGUAGUAUUAGGAAGUUCUACCGCUUUUACGGCAGUGAUGGUGAUGAUCGGCAACUCAGCUUUGCCAGCAUUUCGCGGGUCCACAAAUGGUAUCGCCCAGUCCAUGACUGUCUUGGUCCGCCUGUUGGGUCCGCUUGUCUUCGGAAACCUGUUUGCGUGGAGUUCUGACAACGGCUUGCCAUGGCCUCUGAGCUACCACCUCUCCUUCAACAUGGUUGGUCUGCUGAGUCUGCUCGCAGCUUUCCUCUGCACCCGCCUGCCAGACUCUAUCAACUGUAAGAGAGAGGAGGACUCUCUGCCAUCCCAACACAUCCAGGAUGGGGACCAAGGUUUCUAUGAAGACGGAGCAGAAGAUUAUUACGCUCAGCAGGCUCUACAUUAAUUCACGUAUUAUAUCAAGCAUUGUAUUAAUGAGCAAAAUUUUCCAGAACUUGUAGUUAUUGUAGCAUUGUAUUAAUGAGCAAAAUUUUCCAGAACUUGUAGUUAAGAAAUUUAACAGUUUAAAAAUACGGUACAAAGUGGCAGCAUGGAAGUAAAAUUGAAAGAGUACAUGCAGAUUUAGGAGUGUCAACGAAAAUUUAUCAAUCUCCAUAAGAGGUAAACUUUCUGCAAAUAACCAUUUACUUUAAAUUGCACCUCUCUUAUAUAUAACAGAGCACCAACAAAACAACUAGAUAAUGGUUGAUAACGUUAAACAAGAGGCAAAAUGAGCUGAGAGUGGGUAUGUCUGCAAAAGUGUGCAGUUGUUGCUUCAUAUCUAAAAUGAUACACGUCUUUGGUUGUAGCAGUAGAAAGCUAGGAGCUAAGAACUCCCAACGAAACUGCUGAACAAUGUAGGACUCCACAAGCAAUGCUGUGUAGUACGUCAUCUAAAAGUACCGCAAUUGUUGUGCGCAAGUUAUAAAACAAUCGAAUACAA